AUUCUUCAUUGUGUCUUUGAUUGUUAAUUUGGUGUUUAAGACCACUGUUCUUGCAAUUGUAUUUGACUCGUGAAUUGUGAUUGUUAAUGUCAUUAUUAAAACCUAGAAAUGAUAAUUUUAAAAAAAAAGGAGGAUCCAGUAUGAAAAAUGGAAUCUAGUGGGAUAUUUUUUUUGUUCUGAUUACUAGUGGCAGAUGAUUCUGUGUCUUAAACAACUUUUUAUAUUAGCUCAACUUGGCUAUUAGUAAGGGCAUUUUUGUGCCAAAAAGCAAACAUGGGGCGUAAUCGCUCUAUUUUCAAUUGUUCAGGGUCAAAUCUGCUUCACUUGGCUAAAGAUAAGGGCAAUUUUGUACAUAAAAGCGAACAGAAGGCGUAAUUGUUCUAUUUCCAAUAGUUCAGAGGAAUUUUUGGCCCUUUCCCCUUGUGUUUAUACCAAAAGUAAUUAUAAAAUGGGAUUUCCUACCAUAUGCACGUGAUAGUUCUUUUUCGGUGUUCGGUACCUGCUUUGGGGCCUGUCUAAUCUGGAUUUUCACUGGAAAGUCCCACUUUGAGAGGUAAAGUGCUCCCUGCCAAAGGGGACUUCAUUCCCAAGGCUCGAACACGAGAUCUCUAGUUAAGUAUGCAGGGGAAUUUACCACUCCACCAUAACCUUUGGUGGUAUGCACUUGAUAGUUUGAGACACAACAACUACUACCAGGGGCGAAUUUAGGCUUAAGGGCCUUAGCAUCUCCAACUGGCCUUUGAAGUGUUGCAGUUCUGCAUUUCUUGAGGUACAUGGCUGACAGACAUCCUGUUGAUCAACAGCAAAAUGAACCACAGAUGAAUUCUCCUGCUUCAAGGGAUGACAUGAUUGCCUAUGUGAUGGCAUUAGAAGCUGCCUUACUACCCUGUUUGCCAGCACGAGAACUCCAGGCAAUAGACCGUUCAGCACAUCCAUAUCAUCAGAUUGAUGUUGAGAGACAUGGCAGAGAUUUCAUGGAGGCUGCCAAAAAACUUCAACUUAAUUUGAUAGGGUUGCAACGUGAAGAUCUGCCUACAAGGCCCGAGAUGCUUCGGAAGGAGAUAGAGAAGAUGGAAGAAGAGUUGGAAGCAAAAACUGAGCUCAUAGCUAAACAAGAGAGAUUGAUCCAAGGAUGGAAGAAGGAAAUGAAGGACCAACUAGAUAAACACAUCAUGGAGUUAGAGAGGGUGUAAACCUCUACAUGAAUGUAAACCAGUACAUAACUUUUCUUGUUUUAUUUGUGAUUCAAUUCAAUUUGAAUACUGAGUUGGAAUGACGAGUCCUUAUAUUGAGGAGAACAGGGAAUAAAAUUUGUUAACACCUAACAUUACUAGAUAGAGUUUUGGAUAUCAAGGUUG